AUGCCAGGGCCCCCUCCUCCACCUCCACCUCCUCCCAUGACAUUGGGAGGGUCUUCAGGAGACUUACCUCCUGGCCCACCACCUGUCAUGCCUCCUGGUAGAGAUGCGUUAUUGGGAGACAUUAGAAAAGGAACCAAAUUGAAGAAAGCUGUCACAGUGGAUAAAUCUAAACCAGCUAUUGAUUCAAAAGCUUCUGCUCCAGCCGCAUCCGUUCCCGGUGCUUCUAUGUCAGCGCCUUCAAUCCCAGCAGCUCCUCCUAGUGGAGCCCCACAGUUAGGUGACAUAUUUGCUGCAGGUAUACCAAAGUUGAAGCACAUCAACAAAAGUAAUCAUAACUCAGAUGCUAGACCACCUUCAAUUCCAAUUCAAAGUAGCAAUAUGCCACGGGUUCCAGUCAGACCGCUGAAUUCAAAGCACAACAAUGCUCCUUCAAUUCCUAGUGGACCACCUCCUGUCGUUCCGACUUCAAGGCCCAGAAAACCUGGGCAUUCCACGAACAAUUCCAUAAGUUCAAUCGAGGGAAUUGAAAGGAAGAAUUCGCUGCGACCACCAGUGCCAUUGGGUGUGCCAGCUCCUCCUCCUGCUCCUCCUGCCCCACCACCUCCCCCUUCGAUUCCGCCGCUGCUACCAUCCCAACCUCCGACAUUACCAUCCUCCAUACCGCCUUUGCCAACUGGAAAUGCGCCCCCUCUACCAACUUUCCCUGCUCCACCAUUGCCUUCGAGUACUGCACCACCACCACCUCCUCCAGCGCCACCUUCACCUCCGCCAGUUAUCUCGGCGCCAGCGAUACCUUCGGCUCCACCACCACCACCAGCUCUUCCGAUACCUUCGUUAUUAAGUGGCAGUCAUCGGGGCACAAAUAAAGCCGAUAAUACAGGGAUUAAAGCACGAAAUCCUUCUAAAUCGCAAGCAGCGACUCCAAUACCUGGGGCUUUGCCAUUCUUAGCAGAUAUAAAUGCCAAGAGAGAUGACACCUACGUCAUAGAUUCUGUCGAUAAAGCAUCAUCAAAAUCUAUUGCACCAAAAUCAGAUAUUUCCAAUGUGGAUACUAUCAAAGCACCUUCUCUUCCCUCGAUUCCUCCACCAUUACCAAAAACAAAUGUAUCCAACACCCCACAAAGUAAAGAGCCUCCUUCUUCUGGAAGAAAAUUGCCUCCAUCUUUAGCGUCAGGUUUACCUUUUCUAGAAGAAAUUAACGCCAAGCAACAUGAAACUACGACCAAAAACAUGCACUCGUUAAAAAGUGAUAAACUAUCAGACAAUAGCAAGAAGGAUGGUGACUUUCUGCUUCCAUCUGCUCCUGCUCCCCGAGUACCUAUUCCAAUACCUGGCAGUGUUCCUACUCCGAUGGUUCCUUCAUUGAAGGACAACAGAAAUGAAGUGAAAGCUCCUCCCGUGCCAUCAUUCGAACCUCCUUCCAAGUCAAUGUUAUUUGAUACGACGCCUGAAGCACCACAAAAAGAUACACCACCUCCACCAGCACCUCCGAUGCCUCCUUCAGCGCCACCUUCAAUACCACCUGCCGCUCCUUCCACAGCUCCUCCACCAAGUCCAUUUUCAGAGCCCCCUUCAAAUAUUUCGUCUUCUUUCUCUUCUCAUAGCUUUAAAACUAAGAAGACGGCGCCACCUCCGCCACCUGCUCAUUCUGAAGUCGGUAACAAGAGCCUGAUUCUUCAUCUGCAACAACAAGCUGGUCAAUCGUUGCGAAAUAUUUCCGCUCUGACAUAUACUAUCAACCCCUCUAGCCAAAAGAAUGGUGAAUCGAAUAAUACUUCUAAAGUAGUAAUUGAAGAUAAGGAGAAGCGAUUUAAGUUUACAAAUGCAAGUUCUCUACCAAACCCUAGAAGAUUUGGUGAGCAUGGUGAACAAACGAAGUUAUAUCCCAGCGGAAGAGGCUCAUCAGUUCCAUUAAACCUAACUUUGUUUACAUAG